CAUAUUCUUCUUCUCUGAACAUCACAUCACAUCAACUGCUUUCGUACUUCAAUUUUGGCUGAACAGUGAAGAUCAUUCUUUCAUAAUUCGUUUAUUUGUUUCAAUAUUAAGCUUUGAAGUUACUACGGAAUCAGUCUAGUUGCUUUUUCUUUCAUUUUUUCUGUUUCCUACUAUUAUUGUAUAGUCGAUUAUUUGUAAAUACACUUGAAAGAAGAGCGGCGACCUUUGAAGAAUAUAAUGAAUUUUAUAGGCGGUGCCGCAUCGGCUUUGACCGGACGAUCUAUCUCUUGUAUGUUUUUAUAGUAUUAACCGGGCUUUAGGCUCGGGAAGAGUAACCAUGGGAACAGAGAAUGUGAAGCGGACGUUGACCGAAGAGGAAGCGAAGGAGAGGUCUUAUUAUCUGCAAAAAUUCAGGCUAUAUGAAACUCGUUCGAAUUUCUAUAUGAUUGGACGUGAUAAGAACAGAAAUGUUUGGAGGGUUUUGAAGAUAGACAGGCUAGAUUCUUCGGAGCUAAACAUUCAUGAAGAUUCUACAAUCUACUCUCAAAUUGAAUGCUAUGAUUUGCUGAGACGAAUACAUGAAGGAAACAAGAAAACUGGUGGCCUUAAGUUUGUUACCACGUGUUAUGGAAUUGUUGGGAUCAUAAAAUUCUUGGGACCUUAUUACAUGUUGCUUAUAACAAAAAGAAGGAAGAUUGGCAUAAUCUGCGGUCAUGCAAUAUAUGAGAUUACCAAGAGACAGAUGAUUCCAAUUCCAAAUUCUACUGCGCGGUCCAAAAUGGAUUUUUCUAAGAAUGAGAACAGAUACAAGAAGCUUCUAUUCUCAGUGGAUCUCACUAAGGACUUCUAUUUUAGCUACUCCUAUCACGUGAUGCAAAGUCUUCAGAGGAACUUAUGUAAUCAUGAGUCAGGGAACUCACUGUACGAAACAAUGUUCGUGUGGAAUGGAUUUUUAACCCGGGGCAUCCGCAAUCAACUGAAGAAUACUCUUUGGACUGUUCCAUUAGUUUAUGGCUUCUUUAAACAGGUCAAGCUUUCAUUAUGUGGAAAGGACUUCAUACUGACCCUUAUGGCUAGAAGAUCACGUCAUUAUGCUGGCACGAGGUAUUUGAAACGAGGUGUUAAUGAGAAGGGUCGAGUUGCCAAUGAUGUUGAGACAGAACAAAUUGUGAUUGAAGACGCUCCAGAAGGGUGCCCAACAAAAAUUAGCUCUAUUGUACAAAUCCGGGGAUCAAUCCCCCUUUUCUGGUCUCAAGAAACUUCAAGAUUGAACAUCAAACCAGACAUUAUAUUGUCAAGGAAAGACUUGAAUUACGAAGCCACAAGACUCCACUUUGAGAAUCUUGUCAAAAGAUAUGGAAAGCCUAUUAUCAUAUUGAAUUUAAUUAAGAGGCAUGAGAAGAAACCUCGAGAAUCUGUUCUCCGCACGGAGUUUGCUAAUGCUAUUGAAUCCAUCAACAAAGAUUUAGCAGGGGAGAGUCGUCUAAAGUUCCUUCACUGGGACCUUAGCAAACACUCAAAGAAAAAAGCAACAGAUGCUCUGUGGCAAUUGGGUAAAGUGGCUUCAAAUGCCCUGAAUCUAACUGGAAUCUUUUAUUGUCAAAUGACACCAACUUCUGGGACUGAGAGAUUGCAAAAUUAUUCAUGCAUGGAGGAAGGCAACUCCGAAGUUGGCGUCGUACAAAAUGUUUACGAAAUCGAUAACUCAUCUGGUAUGGAAUCCAGAGGAGGAGACAAUAUAAGCACAGUGUCAGGGAACUAUCUUGUGAAACAAGUCACACUUCAAAAAGGUGUUCUGAGGACCAACUGUAUAGAUUGCUUAGAUCGCACAAAUGUUGCCCAGUAUGCUUUUGGACUGAUGGCUCUCGGGCAUCAGCUACAGGCCAUUGGAAUCAGUGAUGACCUCGUUCUAGAUUUAGAUACUCCUUUGGCAGAUGAUUUGAUGACUGUUUAUGAGUCCAUGGGUGAUACUCUUGCACUACAAUACGGCGGCUCUGCAGCACACAACAAGAUUUUCUCGGAGAGAAGGGGACAAUGGAGAGCAGCAACACAGUCCCAGGAGCUUUUUAGAACACUUCAGCGGUAUUAUAGUAAUGCCUACAUGGAUGCUGUAAAACAAGAUGCCAUUAAUGUGUUCUUGGGAUAUUUCCAGCCCCAGUUAGAUAAACCAGCUUUAUGGGAACUGGACUCAGAUCAACAUUACAGUAUUGGGAGGCAAAGCUUCAACAUCUCUGAUGGAACUGCUGCAAGGUCAUUCAUAAAGCGGUCACUUUCUGAUGGUAAUAUUUUAUGUGAAACCGACUCGGCUAUUGAGGCAUCUAUUGUUGGGGAGUCGCAAGAUCUUUGCCAGCAUUUGGUGAAUGUACCUGAAGGUGGUAACAUUGGUUUAUCAGAAUCAUCUCCAGAAAUCUCAACUUGUGAAGCUGAUUUAUCUUGUCCUAGGAGACGACUUUUCCCAGAUGUUCAGCUGGACCCGAAUAUAGAAGUUGAUAACAUCAGUUUGGAUGAACAGUCUAAUUGCUCAAAUUUCCUGGAUAUGGAUUGGCUUUCUUCGUCUGGAAACUCAUGUGAGGAGGAUACAUUUGAAAAAUCAAUAGAUACUGGUGAUGGUGUAUCAUCAGAUAACAUUAUUCCUGCACCAACAAAACCAGAAUCAACUGUUUCCGCAAGUGAAUGUGGAUCCUCAGGAAAGAGUUCCAACUUUCUUACUGAAUAUUCUGAUAACUUUAUACAAUGGGUUGUCUACGGGGAGAUGCUAUGGCCUUGAAGUUUUUGUAUAAACGUGAAAUAACUUCGUCGUCUUGCUAUAGGGAUCCAUUUGGGAGAGGAAAUCCUGAAAAGAAAGUGUAACUAUUUAUUAACAUGGCGGUAAUAAUUAGAGAAAUGAAAUGAAAUUCAGCCAACUGACAAGAGCUUUGAGCAGGGAAAUGUGCAAGAAAAUACAAGUUUUAAAAAAAAAAUAGGCAGGAAAAGUUCUCUAUUUGUUUAUAGGAAUGAAAUGACAAAUUUUUAUUUAUCCAUGGUUUCAAUUUUAACAUUGUAAAUAUUUCUGAUUGGAUAUCCUUAUAUACUGUUAACUUUCUCUUUUUUACCAAAUUUAUGUGUACAAUUUUUUAAAGCCAAACUGGCUAUGAUUUAUG